AACACCAGGCCAAGUCGCUUCUCCUGCGACCCUUCCUCCCCUCUUGUCCCCCCAUAUCACCCCAUGUUGUCCCGUGUCUCUGCCCGUGCAUACAGCACUGCCCCCGUGAAGUUGGUGUCGCGAGACGCCGCCGGCGCGUUGUCCACGCUCUCCGCGGUCGUCGGCAACGCCGGCUCCAAGACCGGCAAGGCCGGCGUGGCCCACCUCUUGGCCAAGUACGCCUUCCUCAACACCGAGACCAAGUCCGCGUUGCGGCUCGCCCGCGAGUCCGAGUUGCUCGGCGGGCGCCUCGCGGCGCACGUGACCAGGGACGCCUUGGUCUUGUCCGCCACCUUCUUGAAGCAGGACUUGCCCUACUACGUGGACGCGCUUGCCAGUGUGUUGGCCAAGCCCGCGUUCCGCCCCCACGAGUUCGUCGAGACCGUGUUGCCCGUGGCGCGCGCCGAGGCCGCGGCCGCGCACGCCGACAACGGCUUCGUGGGCCUCGAGGCCUUGCACCAGCUCUCCUUCCGCAAGGGCUUGGGCCAGCCCUUGUACUACUCGGACGCGCAGAGCGUGGCCUUGGACGAGGUCAUGCAGUUUGCCGCCGGGGCCUACACGGCCGGCAACGUGCGGCUCGUGGCUCUGGGCGUCAACGAGGCGGACUUGGCCGGCUUCGUCGCGGGCUCCGCGUUCGCCGCGUUGCCUGCGGGCGCCUCCCCGGCGCCGCCCGUCACCACGUACACGGGCGCCGAGACCCGGCUCACCGCGCGCGGCGCGUCGUACGCCGCCUUCGCCGUGCCGGUGGCCCCCAAGGACUUUGCCAAGUACGAGGUGUUGGCCGCCGCGGCGGGCACCUCCGUGUUGCCGGGCGCGGCCGCGCCCUUGCGCUCCAUUGCCGGCGCGGACUCGCGCUUGUACAAGUACCAGGACGCGGGCUUGUUCGUGGUGUCCGUGCGCGGCGCGGACGGCGCCGCGGUGGCCGAGGGCAUCAAGGCCGCCAAGAAGACGGUCGCGGCGCUUUCGGCCAGCGACUUGGCCGCGGCGACCAAGGCCGCGCAGUUGGCCGUGGCGUUGCAGGAGUCGUUCGAGUUCCCGCACGACAACGCCGUGUCCGCGGCCAGCGGCAAGGGCGCCAAGUUGGGCGCGUUCAACUACGUGGCCGUGGGCAACACCGACGUGUUGCCCUACGCCGACGAGUUGUGAUUGGCCCGUCCCCCGCAUAACCCCUUCCCGCAGCGCACGCUGCCUCCAACGCAUGCCAGAAGCCUCCGCUCGGGCCCCCUGGUGCCUUGCUGCGGGGCCCUGGCGCCGACAUAGACCGGCCCUCCGAGAGCCAAGAUAAUAAACACUAGCUCGCUGAGAAACCCGAUGGGGAUCCUGGGAGCCUUUGGGAUCCUGGGAGCCUUUGGGAAAUCCGCUUGGGAAACCACUCCCUGGAUUCGUAGACCGCCGGCUUCGGGUGCUGAGGGCAGGACUGCCAGGGCCGCGCAUGGCGAUGACAGGACUGCCGCACCAGCACCGCCAGCAGAGCACCGCCAAAAGUAGACCGCCAAAUAGUAGACCGCCAAAUAGUAGACCGCCAAAAGUAGACCGCCAAAUAGUAGACCGCCAAAUAGUAGGCCGCCAAAAAGAAGUCCGCCC